AUGUAAUUUUAUUAAGACGAACUAGUAUAAGAAGAUAUCUAUGAUGAAUAUAUGCCUGAAUUUUCAGGUAAUAAUUAAUCACUUUAACAUACAAACUUUCCUUUUAUUACUAUUUCAGUUCCUAAUAUAAAUCCUAUUGUUAUUGGACCUCCUGAUCAAAAUUCUUAAAGAAAAAAGAGACUCAAAGAGUUCUCUAACUCUUUAAUCAAAAAAAAUCCAAAAUAUAUUGCUGAUAAUUUAUAUGCUAUUUAAAUAAUCUAAGAACUAACUAAUGCAGGACUAUGUAAAAUCUCAAAUUUUGUAAAUGGCCAUUAUCAGAGUCAAUUAGAAUAAAUUAUCAAAUAUGAUAAACAUAUAUAAGAUUCUAGAUAGGAUUAGUCAUUUUAACAAUAAAUCUUUUUCAUCAAUAUAAACCCAGUAGAAAUAAAUUUUUAAGAUGGACACAUAAAUUUUAAAUAAUGUACUUAUUCAUUUUAUCUUUUUAGCUUUUCCUACACUAGAAAUAAAUCAAAAUUUAUCAAAGAAAUAUCAUUAUUUAUUAGAAGUACUAAAUUUGACUAUGAGGAUUUUGGAUUCUUGUUUCAUUAAAGAUUUUCAAGGUAUAGUUGAUCAUUACAUUAAUCUGAAAGAGAAAAAUUAUACUAAUAAUAAAAUUAUAGAAUAUUUACAAAAUGAAAUUGAAAAAAAUGCUUAGUAAUAUUAAUAUAUAUCUAAAUGGUUGGAAAUAAAAUCAAAAAUUAAACCUGUUUUAGUUAUUUAUAAAUAAAUCAAGAUCUUAGAAAAAAAAGAUGAAUUAUGUGGUAGAAAAUCAUUAAAGGUUUUAUCAAAACACAUAAAAAAAAUUGAUAAACUCUAAAAACGGUUGUACUUAGAAUAAAUUCUUUCUCCUUUAGAGUUUUUAUUGUAAAAUCUUUUUGAGAUAUUUGAUUCUAUUCUUAAAUUUUAUGAUGAAAAUAAUAAAAAGAAUUAAUAAGUUCAACCAAAAAUAAAUAUCAAAAAAAAUGAGUAAAUUUUAUUACAAAAAUUAAAACCUCCCAUUUUAGAUGCCUCUGUUCAAGAAUGUGAAUAAGAAUAAUUUCAAUUUCAUUGUUUAAAAAAAUAAAUUAAAUAACAAGAUCAAAAUAUUGAAUAAUUUAAUUUUCAAUUAGAUGUAUUAAAUGGUUAAUCUUCAUCCCUUAAAAAAAAAGAUAAAGAUUUAAACUAGGAAUGA